ACUUAUCCACUCAUGUUUACCACUUAGAUCUAAAAAAUGUCAACCGAGAAAGCCAUUGGUGAUGAGGUCCCGUACACCUUCAUCAUCCAGACUGGUUCAAGCUUCCCUGAUAAAAAGUACACGGAGAAAUGGGACGAUGGAACCAUGAUCUUGACAAUAAAUCCUGGUGCUGGCUCCACAGAAUCAAAAGAGGUCAGAGUCACAGAACUCUUCCCUAUGUGGACAGAGGGAGUCGUGACGGUGGACUUCUGGCUUCCUGCAGCCAUUGGAGUACCCAAGUUGUUGAAAGUAGAUUUAGAAGGUACAAUGUUUGGGAUUUUCAAAGACGCUUUGUACAUACGGGAGAUAUCCAUCCUCUACAACAGGGAUCUGUACCGCUUUCCUAUUAAGAACUUCCUCUAUCCACAUAGCGCAAGUUAUAACCCUACUGAACCCAGGGAGGGUUGUCCACCUCAUUUCCUUAUUCGAGAGGGAGCAGGCACUUUAAAGCAUCUAGAAACAGAGGAUUUCAUCAUUAAAGCAAGAAAUGAGGAUCUCAACAUGGUCAAAUCUAUGGUUAAAUGGAAUAAUGACGGAGAAGAUUCGACAGCUCCCGCUCUGCUCUUUCCUGGAACUUUGGAAGACAUGAAGGCUGCUGAUCUACCAAGAUUCCUUCAAUUUAGAGAUGCAACUCUUGAUGCGGGUGAGAAAAUGAGAAAACCCGGUGAAUCUACGGUUAUGAAAAAUGUCCUCAAAAACAUGGUGGCGCAAUUUUUCAAAACAUACAAGGUAAAGAAUUUUGAGUCCUUUGACCAGUACUGUACGUAUCUAAAAAAAACAGCAGACAACAUGGGAUGGGAAAAGUCAACGGUCCAUGAAACUCUGAAAAUGGCUAAAAUUUUCCGUCAAGAUGAAGAGUUCGGAAGACAAUUGCUUUGUGGCCCUAAUCCAUGGAUGGUAAGACAGGUGUCAUCCUUAGAGGGGAGGUGGUCAGAGUCAACAGUUCCUGACCACGCACCCGAGGGUAAAUCUCUUCAACAAAUUCUGGCAGAAGGCCACUUGUUCGAAGUCAGCUACUACGAUGACUUGAUCAACAUUCCACACGGUGGGAAAAUGAGCAAAUCACUGACCGGAACUGCACAAACAUGGUACAUGUGCCUUGCAGAAUGUCUCUUGUACCAGAGAAACGAUGGUAAGUUGGUUCCAGUCCUGAUACGAUUAGAGAACACGAAUGAUGGCGAACUUGCGACUUUUUGGUCUCCCCCGAAGCCAGAGACAACUGAUCUUGACCACCCCGAACACUUGGCUUGGCUUUGGGCUAAGAUGUGGUUCAGGAGUGCGGAUGUGAACCACCAUUCUCUGGUAACUCACUACGGUCGAGCUCACGCCACCAACGAGGUCUUCGCAGUUGCUAUCUACAGGAACCUUCCAAACGCACAUCCGAUAUUUAGGCUGCUUCAGCCUCACAUUCUGGGAGUCAUCGCCAUUAACUGCCAGGCACGUGAAAUAUUCCUGAAAGUUCCUGAAAGUAAUGCACUUGCUUGUGUUAUAUCAGCCGGGGACAACUACUGGCUGGCUUUCGACAACCACUACAAAACGUUCACUUACGAUGACCUGAUUGCACCGGAGGUUGUUAAAAAACGCGGCACCAAACACAUUCCUGAAUAUCUAUUUAGGGACGAUUACCUCUCUCACUGGGAGAUUAUCCAGGAAUACGUUGAGGAAAUCGUGAAUCUGACAUAUCCCUCUGAUGAAGACGUGACUCUGGACGCAGCGUUACAGAACCUUUUCGAAGAAGUUGUCAAAUUCGGCUUCCACGGAAUACCAAACAGUGCCGGUUUCCCAAGGGUUGUGAAAAAGAAAGAAAAGCUGACGGAAUACUUGACUGCAAUCAUCGUGAACAUGUCCACAUUUCAUGCAGCUGUGAAUUUCCAGGUCUUCCACUGUUUUGGGUACGUACCAAACAGUCCUUCCUGUAUGUCCCUUCCCCCUCCAAAACAAGGCGAUACCAUUACUAUGGACAAGAUAUUGAAAUCUCUGUCUGUACUCGAAAUCACAUUCUUCAUUUCGACCGUUUUCUUUGGACUUGGAACGUUUUCUCCCAUUGAAAACUUCUUUUUGGGUGAUCUCGGCGCAAACAGGCAGGGUAUGAUCGGAGAAAUUAUGACUAUUGCAGCGAACCAGGAAGCAUGUGUUCGGAGAUUGAUUGAGAAGAUGAGGCAGCUAAAGGAGAAGAUAGACGCCAGGAAUGUGGGUCGGUAUUUGAAGUAUGAUGUGUUGAGUCCCGUUAAUAUUCCUCUGGCUACUCAAGCUUAGUAAAACAGUUGGUUUUAGCACUAAGAUUUGAUUUUGAUUAAGGAAGGACCUUGGAACACUAUUAGUAUAAUUAGAGAAUCAGACCAUCUUUUUUUUUAUCUAAUGGAUGCAUGAUUUGUAAAUUUAGGAAAUAUACAUUUUUUAUACAGAACCAUUUAUUGACAAUGAUUUAUGAUUAUAUCCCAAAUUUUGAGUUAAC